AUGAACAUACGUUGCGCCAAGCCCGAAGACCUCAUGACCAUGCAGCACUGCAAUCUGCUGUGUCUGCCGGAGAACUAUCAGAUGAAAUACUAUUUUUAUCACGGCCUGACCUGGCCCCAGCUGAGCUACGUUGCCGAGGAUGAUAAGGGCGGCAUCGUUGGCUAUGUGCUGGCGAAAAUGGAGGAGCCCGAACCUGGUGAGGAGAGCAAACACGGACACAUUACCUCGCUGGCGGUGAAGCGUUCCUAUCGUCGGCUCGGCCUGGCCCAGAAGCUGAUGAAUCAGGCCUCGCAGGCCAUGGUCGAGUGCUUCAAUGCCCAGUACGUCUCGUUGCACGUACGCAAAAGCAAUCGCGCUGCCCUCAAUCUUUACACAAACUCGCUCAAGUUCAAGAUCAUCGAGGUGGAGCCCAAGUACUAUGCGGACGGCGAGGAUGCCUAUGCCAUGCGCCGCGAUCUGUGCGAAUUUGCCGAUGACGACAAGCCGAAGAUCAAGGAGGGCGGCGACGAGCAGUCCUCCACCGAGAACAAACACACACACAGAGGCGGCGCACACAAUCACAGCGGCCACGAUGGUCAUUGCUGUUAAACGGAAAAACCAUGAGAUAAAGAGGACAGGAAAACACAAUAAAGAAAAUGCAUGCGGUAUGCAUUUUUUAGAUGCAUUUUUGUGCAUAGGUUUUGUAUUUAUGUAAUAAAGGCAUAAAACGCAAUUAAAUUUAAAGGAAAUGACAAAAA